AUGAUGCCCACCGCACCUUCUGCGCCUGCCCUGUCCCCUGAACCUGUCUUCAAUCCAGUGGUGGAAGCAGCCGCCCAACCCGUGAUGCAGGCAACUGCACCAGCACAGACGGAAGCUGCACCCUUGCAACCAGUCGAGGUACACACUGCCCCAGUAGGCGCUGCCAUGACCGUGCCAGCACAAGCCCUGCAGCAGGCAGCUCCUUGUACCCCCGCAGCAGUCCAGACAGCACCGGUUCAAGCACAGCCUGCUGCGGUGGCAGCACCUUCGAUGGAGCAAGCCCCUUUUCAAGCCAUGCCCGGUGCAGUGCAGGCUUACGCAGGGCAGUCUAUGGCAACACCCCAGCAAGCGGUGCAUGGACAAACACAUCCAGCGCAAGCACAGCCUCUGGCGGCACCAGGUCAGGCCAUUCCAGUGCAGGAGCAGGCAAUGAUGGCCCAAGCAAUGACGGUUCCAGGGCAGGCCCUUCCCGCGCAAGGUCAGCCCCUUAUGGGCCAAUCUAUGCCGGUUCAGCCGGUGAUGAGCCAAGCAAUGCCUGCUCCUGGGCAGGCCCUUCCUGUGCAAGGUCAGCCUGUGAUGGGCCAAUCUGUGCCGGUUCCUGGGCAAGCAUUCCCCGUGCAAGGUCAGCCUGUGAUGGGCCAAGCAAUGCUUGCUCCCGAGCAAGCCCUUCCUGUGCAAGGUCAGCCUAUGAUGGGCCAAGUGAUGCCUGCCCCAGGCCAAGCCCUUCCCAUGCAAGGUCAGCCUGUGAUGGGUCAAUCUGUGCCAGUUCAGCCUGUGAUGGGCCAAACAAUGCCGGCUCCUGUGCAAGCCCUCCCUGUGCAAGGUCAGCCUGUUAUGGGUCAAGCCAUGCCCGCACAAGCGCAAGCCUUUGCACCUGGACAGAGCAUGCCAAUGGCAGCGCAGGGAAUGCCAGCUGGCCAGGGCUUUGCCCAAGGGAUGCCGGUCCAGGCGCAAGCAAUGCCGGGAGCCUAUGUGCAACCUGGUGCAUCUCAGCGCGGAUCUCAGCACUUUGUGUGGGAGAGACUGUGCGCUUCAGGGCUAGGCAAGAUGAAGGCCCUUCCUAACGGUGCCGGAUCUGACACGGAAAAGGCCACGAACAUGAUCACGAACACCAUCACUCUGGGUACAAUUCCGGCGGCUUCUCAGGCUUCUCUGGUGGCUGCAAUGAGCCAUGGCCGCGGCUUCUCCCAUGACUCCUCCAUGAACCACGACAAGGACGAGGAUGAGAGAUGUUUCUUCUGCUCAGAUUGCAUCGGUUGCAAUGGGACCGGACACAUCUCUGGUGGUGGAGGUGGCUUCUUCGGGGGUGGCCACUCCCAGCGAUGCUACAAGUGCCACGGCCAUGAAGUUCAGAGCCAGGUGGUCGCUAUGAUCGAGCAGGUGACCUCCAAGAUCCUCGGGUCGAUGCAGCUCGCACUUGACACUGAGAAUGAGAAGGUGGCAGGUGCAGAAGCCAAAAAGGCAGAGCUGGACCAGACCGUGAAGGACGCAGAAGCGGCACUUCAAGCUGCCAAGGCCACAACCUCGGAGCGUGAGGCGAGCCUGAAGGCAUCUUCGGAGGCUGUGCGUGCGACCAAAGCUGCCCUGGACCAGAAGCUCAAGGAUCAGAAGUCUGGUGAUGAAGGCAUCCUGAAAGUGCGUGCAGACAAGGAGCACCUUGAGAGCGCCAAGUCUGAGUGCUACGAGAAGCUGAAGUCUGGCGCUGCGGAGGGCAAGGAAGCAAAGCAGCUGCUGAAGAAGUUAGAACCGCUCAUCAAGCAGACCUCUGUUGACUCUUCGCUCAUCACUGCGGCACCUGGAACGCUUCUCUCGAAGCCUCAGGAGCGUGGGAACUUCGAUCAGAUUGUUCUGGACCAGUUGGAGACCAACUUUGCGUCCAAGCUUGCUGAGCUUGAGGCGCAGCUCGCGGACGCGGCGCCUGCCACUGCGAUGCGGGCCGAGGAGGUGCAGAAGGCCAAAGAUGCCCAUGCUGAUGCCGAGUCGAAGCAGAAGGAGGCGUCUGUGGACCUGUGUGCCGCCAAGGAGGCCCAGAAGGAGGCAGCAGCUGCUGUGGCAGCUGCCAACAAAGCCGUGGCAGACUACCAGACUGAGUACAAAGCAGCCACGGAGACCAGAGAUGCUAAGAAGGCGGAGCUUGAUGAGUAUGUGGAUGGAGGCAUGGCCACCUUCCAGGAGCUGAAGGAGCGAGUCUCUGCGAAGAAGCGCCGGGAGCUUGCUGCUAAGGCCGCCGAGGAUGCUGCGGCCAAGGCUGUGGAAGCCGAAGCGGAAGCUCCCGCAGAGCAGGUGGCUUAA